AGUGUGUAAUUGAAGUCCGUACACUUUUUGCCUCUUAGAAACUGGUUAAAUUGUUAUCAUACAGCAUUCACAGAACUAUAAAACUAAAACAGCCGUUUAAAUGUGUUAAAUUUACAGCCCCUCGAGCCGGGUUAUUCUAAAGGGUCGUGACCGUAAUUAAACACGUGAGCUUUACUUAUAGACAUUAAGGUAACGACGUAAUGGCGGUAGAAACAACUUCAGCUAGAGUGCAGUGUCCAGUUUGUUGUGUGGAACUGGCUACUGGUAGCAUAAAUGCUCACCUGGACCAGUGUUUACUGCAGACUGAGGUUAAUGGUAUAUUAAAAAUAUCUGACCCCAAACAAGAAGAGCACGCAAUGGUUAAUAAGAAGCGGCGUCUAGGCUCUAGUGACAGUACACCAGGCACGGGUGAAGUUUCCCGUUUGUUUUCUACUGGUAACUCUCUGGAAGAGAGUAAUGAGCAGAGUAUCCAGGCGGACUUCCAGCCAGUAGUAACCAAUUCACUUUUUUCAAUGUUUCAGAAACCUAAAACUGCCUUGUGUUCCGUAACUAGCUCUACUGAAUCUGGAUCCGAGUCCCCAAGGUCUGCAAUAGCAUCUGGGUCCAGAACUUACACAGGAGAGGGGCCCAGAAGAUUUACCCCCAAAGAAGUAGGGGCUUCACCAUCCCAGAAGCCGCAAGCUGCAGCAUCUGCUGUUGCUUCCUUUGGUCCAGGGUUGCAAGGUCCCCAUCCUAAGCAGCAACAGCAGCGGCAUCAUUCAGUAACAGAGAAAUUACGGGGCAAGCCUUUAGCUGAUAAGAUGAGACCCACUACUUUCCAGGAAUACAUUGGACAAGCUAAAGUCGUGGGAGAGAACACGAUGUUACGCACUUUGCUGGAAUCACAGGAAGUUCCUUCGCUUAUUCUGUGGGGUCCACCUGGCUGUGGCAAGACCACCCUUGCUCAUAUUAUAGCAAACAACUGCAAAAAGAGCAGCACUAGGUUUGUCACACUCUCAGCAACAAGUGCAUCAACAAAUGACGUUCGGGAGAUUAUAAAGCAAGCUCAGAAUGAACAGAGACUCACCAAGAGAAAAACAAUCAUUUUUAUUGAUGAGAUUCAUCGUUUCAAUAAACUACAACAGGACACCUUUCUUCCUCACGUUGAAUGUGGAACAAUAACCCUGAUUGGGGCAACAACAGAAAACCCUUCCUUUCAAGUGAAUGCUGCUCUCCUAAGCCGCUGCCGUGUUAUUGUUCUUGAGAAACUGCCAGCCGACGAGAUGGAAAUUAUCCUUAAGCGUGCUAUAGUCUCCCUGGGGAUCCAUAUAGAAGACGAAGAGGAUGAUUGUGAGUCUCUGAAUGUCUGCGGCUACUCUGAACCUCCUGUGUACAUUGAAAAAAAUGCAGUCAAUACUGUUGCACAGCUUUGUGAUGGUGAUGCAAGGACUGGAUUGAAUGCACUACAGCUUGCCAUCCAAGCACGUCUUGCUGCAGAACAUGUGCCACUUUGCCAAAAUAAACAAGGAGGUACUCCCCAGAAGAUUGUGAUAACAGAAGAACAUGUGAAGGAGGGACUACAGCGCUCACACAUUUUAUACGAUCGAGCAGGAGAUGAGCACUACAACUGCAUUUCUGCUCUGCACAAGUCCAUGCGUGGUUCAGAUGAGAAUGCCUCCCUUUACUGGCUUGCCCGAAUGCUAGAGGGUGGUGAAGAUCCUCUUUAUGUUGCACGAAGGCUAGUGAGGUUUGCAAGUGAAGAUGUGGGGCUGGCAGAUCCCCAGGCCUUAACACAAGCAGUUGCUGCUUAUCAAGGCUGUCAUUUAAUUGGAAUGCCUGAAUGUGAGGUACUGCUAGCACAGUGUGCUGUAUACUUAGCUCGAGCUCCCAAAUCCAUAGAAGUCUAUGCUGCCUAUAACAAUGCAAAAGCUUGUGUGAGGAGCCACAAGGGACCACUUCCUUCAGUGCCACUGCAUUUAAGAAAUGCACCUACCAAAUUAAUGAAGAACCUGGGCUAUGGUAGAGAUUAUAAGUAUAAUCCCAAGUUCAAAGAACCAGUGGAACAGGAUUACCUACCUGAAGAGCUGAAAGGAAUUAACUUCUUCAGAUAAUGAAGACAAUAAUUGCAUAAAGAAAGUAUGAAGACUAUCUGCCAAAGAAAAUCAGCCUGUAACCACAUUUUUUUUUCUUUUCAGCAGUAUAGGUGUGAGUUCAGGCUACAGUAUGUUUUGUCCCAAAAUCCUUUUUAACUAAAUCAAAAUAAUAAAAUUAGGGGAUGGUGUUACUGGACACUCAAACCCUAAUACUGAGUUACACUUAGCACAGUGAAAAAAGUGUGAUGGACUCCAAAUGAUCAACAUUUUAUAAGCAGUUACUAUGUCUCAGAUAUUAAGACACUAAAAA